AUGGCAAGGUUCGAGCUUCAUAUCGCCGCGGCGGUGGUUUUGGCUGUGAUGGCCGGUAUUGCGACCGCAGGCGAAAACAAGGCACGGGUCAUGGCUCAACAGUCAUGCCAGGGCGACAUGCGGGGGCUAUGGAAUCAAUGUAUGCCCUAUGUCCAGAAGGGGGCGCCGCGGGAGCAGCCUUCGCAAGGGUGUUGCGACAUGAUCAAGAACACCGAUUUGUCGUGCGCGUGCAAGCACUUGUCCCACCAUGUCGAGCAGCAGCUCGAUAUGGACAAUGCCGUGUACGUUGCGGGGUACUGCGGGAACCCCCUCAGCCAUGGCAUGCAAUGCGGAGGUUAUACUGUCCCAUGA